UUUCAUUUUUCCGUCCUCCGAACGGACCGGAGCUGCCUCGCAAAAGCUGUCGUGAGAAAACAAGCAGGUUGCGAAACCCUAACACCUUCGCCCUCUAAAGGAAUGCGAGAUGGCGACGGAGGUAGUUCUGGAGAGGAUCUGGGUUCUCCAUGACAAGGUCAGCGACGCCAUCCACGACAUCUCCCGCGCUAACUAUUUCCGCUCCGUCAGUGGCCUCCGGGGCCAGGCGGUUCCUCCUGAGGAGGGAGGGAAUGAGGAGGCCGAGGAAGGGAAGCGUGGGUUCGUGUUAGUCAAGGAUUUUACGUCGAAGGAUUGCGAAGCUGCCAUGGCGGAGGUCAGGAGCCUCGGCGCCAUCCGGUCCGCGUUGGAGAAAGUUGAAGAACAGCUCGACUUCUUAAAUAUGAUACAUUCGCAACAAGAAGUUGAACGUAGUGCAGCUAUUGCAAGCUUGGAAGAAAGUCGACUCAUUCUUGCUAUGCGAUUGACUCAUCAUCAGGAAAAGUACAAGUUUAUUCAAGAUGCCACCGCAUUUUAUAAUAAUGUGGACGUGAGCCAUUUUUUUGCACCAGACGUCUCUAGUGAAAAUGACAGGACAAGGAGUCAGGAAGGUACGAACUCAAAAGCUCAAGAGGGAAGAAUAGAAUAUAGAUUACUGCAAAAGUGCAUUUCAAGAGUUGCUAUAGGUACAAAAUCAUUUAGAUCGAUGAGGAUAGACGGUGCUUUAGGGAGCGCAGCUAUGUUUGCUGUAAGUAUGCUUGCAUUUCUCCAGCUGAAUCAAUUUGCGGUCAAGUGCGAAGCAGGACAAACACAAGCUCAGACAUUCUACAGGAAGAAAACUUAUGUACAAUUCAUGCAUUUUGAUGUUUGGUCAGCUAGAGGAUAAUGAAGUGGAAGAGUUUGAAAUUCUAAAGAUGUCAUGAUGGAAAAUUCAAGCA